UUUGGCGCGGCGGCGGGGGGCCCCGGAGCGGCGAGGCAGGCGGCCUUCCCCUGCUCGCUCGGUCCCGGCCGCCCCUCGCGGGGGUGGGGGGGGCCGCCCCCUGGGCCGGGGCCUCGUCUCAGGCGCCCCCGCCCCGCCCUUGGCCCGCCCCGCCCGGCCCGAGGGGAGGAACUGGCCGGGCCUCCCAGCGCGGCCCAGCUACCUCCGGAGUCGCCGCCGCAACCCUCUGCGCGCCGUACCCGAGGCUGCCUCUCGCCACUCAGGCCGACGCCAUGAAGAUCAAGGAUGCCAAGAAACCCUCUUUCCCAUGGUUUGGCAUGGACAUCGGGGGAACUCUGGUAAAGCUCUCAUAUUUUGAACCUAUCGAUAUCACAGCAGAAGAAGAACAAGAAGAAGUUGAGAGCUUAAAAAGUAUCCGGAAAUAUUUGACUUCUAAUGUAGCCUAUGGAUCCACUGGUAUUCGGGAUGUACACCUUGAACUGAAAGAUUUAACACUUUUUGGCCGGAGAGGGAACUUGCACUUUAUCAGAUUUCCAACCCAGGACCUGCCUACUUUUAUCCAAAUGGGAAGAGAUAAAAACUUCUCAACAUUACACACGGUGCUAUGUGCUACAGGAGGUGGUGCUUACAAGUUUGAAAAAGAUUUUCGCACAAUUGGAAACCUCCACCUGCACAAACUGGAUGAACUUGACUGCCUUGUAAAGGGCUUGCUGUAUAUAGAUUCUGUCAGUUUCAAUGGACAAGCAGAGUGCUAUUAUUUUGCUAAUGCCUCAGAACCUGAGAGAUGCCAAAAGAUGCCUUUCAACCUGGAUGAUCCCUAUCCACUUCUGGUAGUAAACAUUGGUUCGGGAGUCAGUAUUUUAGCAGUCCAUUCCAAAGACAACUAUAAACGAGUAACUGGGACAAGCCUUGGAGGGGGUACCUUUCUUGGUUUAUGUAGUUUAUUGACUGGCUGUGAAAGUUUUGAAGAGGCUCUUGAAAUGGCAUCCAAAGGUGACAGCACCCAAGCUGACAAGCUGGUCCGUGAUAUUUACGGAGGAGAUUAUGAAAGAUUUGGUCUGCCUGGUUGGGCUGUAGCAUCUAGUUUUGGGAAUAUGAUUUAUAAGGAGAAGCGAGAAUCUGUUAGUAAAGAAGAUCUAGCAAGAGCUACAUUAGUUACUAUCACCAAUAACAUUGGUUCUGUGGCACGAAUGUGUGCUGUUAAUGAGAAAAUAAACAGAGUUGUCUUUGUUGGAAACUUUUUACGUGUCAAUACUCUCUCGAUGAAACUUUUGGCAUAUGCACUGGAUUAUUGGUCAAAAGGUCAACUGAAAGCAUUGUUUCUAGAGCAUGAGGGAUAUUUUGGAGCAGUUGGUGCACUUCUUGGGCUGCCAAAUUUCAGCUAAAGCAUCGGGUUUCUCUCUGUUAAUAAAUGUCAUUCAAGAGGAACUGAAAACCAGAGGUGUUAUUACUACAUUAUUUGUCACUGGGAACCAAAGGAUGAAAGAGUAGCACUAUUCCUGUUGAUUUUUAAGUGUCAGAAUGGUAAGCUGCUAUGUGUUGCCAUAUUAAAAAGAGAGCUCCAGUAAUGUGAAGUAUUUCUAAGUGAAAUGCUUUCCCUUCUGUAUAUAGCCAGUGUUAAAUCCUUAAAUGCAAUACAGCCUCUGAUUA